CCACCCCACAUGUUUUGAGAGGUGGGCGACAUCCCCGCCAGGUUAACCUGCCUGGGCUUGCGGGAAAUAUGGCCAGCGCUGAUGUCCCGUCUGUGCAGCCAGGGCUGUUAGUUAACCCGGUGAGACAGGCAGAGAUGAGCUGCAUUUAGCGCUGGAUUCAGCCUCCGAAGCCUCGCGCGCAUGUGUGAGAGUGUGCAUGCGCGCGCGGCCGCCAAAACAUUGUGUUUUGAUAGUGACUUCCGUUCUUGAUGCUGCUGAACGAGUUUAUAUUAACACCCAGUUGAUCCAACACGAAGCUGCACGGUUUACAGGCGCGUGUUAAUCUGUAUCAAUCUGAAGAAUGGCCCGAACCGAAAGGUCGCCUGUCCAUUUCUUCAACAGAUGUUUCCUGACCGGCUGUGUUCCUCCAGCACUUUGUUUGCAGAGCCCCUCGCCGCUUGAACUACAACUCCCAGCAAGCAGUGGGCCAAUGACGACGGCAGGGUGGCCAUUUUCCCGUUGUGUUACGAUCGGCGUUUAGUUGGGGUGAUGGCAUAGGAGGCCAAUUUAUUUUUAAAGGAUUUUCAACCUUAAACCUCUCCUGGUAAUGAUGCCUGGUUCAGAAAUCAAUACAGACUCCUUAGAAUUAAGCGAUGAAGGAGCAAAUAUUCCAAGUUCCAAAAGACAAAAGACAGAGAACACUUCUGCACAAAUUGAAAGCAACUCUUCCGAUCUGAAGGAAAAAACUCACUAUGCUCACCAACAGAAUGAAACUGAUGACCUUACCCCACACAGCAAUCAGAACUUGCAGGAAGAAAGCAAGGACAAAGAACUGUCAUCUGUUUCUUUACUUCAGGAGGAGACUGAGCAGUAUAAAGAGAAUUGCAUUACUGUACCCGAAAACCCACCUCAAAUGGAAACCGAAUUGAAGUUGUUUUAUCAGGAAUUGAAUCAAAUUGAAAGUGGGACUGAUUUGCUUGCAAAUGGAAAUGUAGAUGAUUCACAAGACUCAGCAGAAAGCAAAAACGUUAGAGUGAAGAAACAUAGAACUAACAAGGUUUGUAAAAGAAUUGCAGACAUGAAAUGUACAUCUGGAAUAAUGAAUGACUCGCAUUCACAAAUUCUAACAACCGAUCGCCCACAUUUGAGUAACAUGCCGACAAGAUCUCAGUGCCAACAACCGCAGCCUUUCAUUGGCCCUCAAGAAGCACCUCAGUCAAGACUCAAAGUAUCACUUGCUGAUCAAAGAUACAAUUUCUUAUCACGAGGGCAAAUUCUUCAAUAUGGCCAAAAAUUAAUAACUAAUAAUUAUGACUGUAACAUUGCAGCAAUGCCGGGCAAAUUUGAGAGUAGUAUUUUGCAGAUGCAACCCAUUAGUAGCUGUAGGUUGCAGUCUAGAUAUUUUCACAACUUCAGCCCACAAGAAAAUGCCAUGCACCAGCAGAUUAUGUUGAAGCCCAACUUGUGUCAGCAGUAUCGGCAGAUAGAGCAACUUACAAAUCCAGCUAUUGGAGAAAAAUUGCUUAUAUUUAUGCGUGGUCCUCCAGGUUGUGGGAAAUCGACACUCUCACGGUUGCUAUUAGAUCAGUGUCCUACUGGUGUGAUCUUGAGCACAGAUGACUAUUUCUGUCAGAACGGCGGUUACUGCUUUGACCCCAGUUUCCUCGGUACAGCUCAUGAAUGGAAUCAAAACAGGGCUAAUAGGUGUAUGGAUGAAAGCAGGUCACCUAUAAUAAUAGAUAAUACAAAUAUCCAAGCAUGGGAAAUGAAGCCAUAUGCAGAAAUGGCUAUGAAACGACGUUACAGAAUGAGUUUUCGUGAGCCAGACACUUGGUGGAAAUUUAAUGUUGUGGAACUAGAAAAGAGGAACAGACAUCGAGUUCCACGUGAGAAGAUUCUUCAAAUGAUGGCACGUUUUGAACAUCCAAUGUCUUUAGAUCUAGUGUUGAGUUCAGUGGAGCCUUCGUACAUGAAUAAAGUCAUGUUAAAUCUACUUCCACACGCUAGCCCAAAGUGGGAAGGGCCGCUCGGUUCAAGUUCCAUUAGUGACAUGACUAAUAGAUAGUUUUAGCGAUGCUCCUGAACUGUUGGCCUUUCAAUACAAGAGAGUUGAUCACUUCGUCCCAUAAUGUGUAUUUCUGGGGAACCAAAGUUUUAACAGCUUGUAAUAACACCCAUUUUAAAAUACUGGAAUAUGCUGAUUACUCUGGAAAAAGAUACUAAACUGACUUUUGGAAGAUUUAUAUCUCCAUUUACUUUCACAAUACUCCAUUUAUUUUCUGUGGCUGCGCAUCAUGCCACAAGGUGUAAAUAUAGGGGUUUUUAGACAGAAAAAUAUUUUCUUUUAUCCUGUUUGACUUUAUUUUGUGCACAGUUUGUAGUUUUAUAUAUGAAUUUGUGACACAAAUAUAAUAUGAAAGCAAUUCACCUUAAACUAUUUUUAAUGGGGAGACUGUUAAUAAGGUAUAUGGAUAAUACAUCCAGCUUGUUAAUUCUAAUUAGAUUGCUUUCUGCAGAAUUGCACAAAAAGGUAAUAUAUCAUCUAUAAUUUGUUACAAUUGUACAGAACAAACGAUCUGCUGAAUAACCUGGAUCAUUCAACUGCUCUUUCUUAACUUCUGUACAGCAGUCAGCAUGUUUACCACACCUUUUGUCCAGAUGUGAACCUUGAAAUUUUGUGUUUGUGGCUAUUUGCAUGUAUUUCGAGAAAAGAAACAUAAAUUCCUUUAUUGGUGGGA